AAUAGAGCAGAAGAAAGCACCAGCAGUCUUCUGCAUGCUCCUGGUCCUCAUGCUGAACCCCUUGAUCAAUAGCCUGAGAAACAAGGAGGUGAGGAGCAGCUUCAGAGGGACACCUAAGUAAGCUGCUAGGACGUCAUAGAACAGAACCAGCCGCCCCCCUCAUCUCCCCCAAGGUGGGCAGCCUCUCAGCGCCGCUCCGACGGGAGCUGAAGCUCCCCUGCCGCCCCGCUCCCCCGGCAGCAGCCAGCGUGAAACUACACCCCCCAGUAUGCCUCGCGCCCCGCUGUGCCCACUGGGAGCGGACGCCCUGACCUAUUGCCGCGGAGCAUACUGGCAACGCGAGCCCAGCAGGGGGCACGGGCAGAAGCCGCUCGACGACGAAAUGGCGGUCGAUAAGGACCUGCUGGAGUUGGAUCUGUACGGCCUGCUGGGGGUCGGCGAGAAGGUGUCGGAGAAGGAGAUUAAGAAAGCGUACCGCCAGAAGGCCUUGACUUGUCACCCAGAUAAGAACCCAGAUAAUCCCCGAGCAGCGGAAGUCUUCCACCAGCUGUCUCAGGCCUUAGCUGUUCUGACAGAUGCAGCAGCAAGGGUGGCAUAUGACAAAGUGAGAAAAGCCAAAAAGCAAGCAGCAGAAAGGACACAAAAGCUUGAUGAGAAGCGAAAGAAAGUAAAGCUUGAUCUUGAAGCCAGGGAACGGGAAGCCCAGAUCCGUGACAAUGAAGAGGAGGAGAUCCGGAUAACAAGGACCUUAGAACAAGAAAUAAUACGGUUGCGUGAAGAAGGCUCUCGUCAGCUUGAAGAGCAGCAGAGACUCAUUCGAGAACAGAUCCAACUUGAAAGACAGCAGCGCAUCCAAGGUGAAAUAGGCAACCAAGUAGGAAAUGGAGCAGAAGGCAGAAUAACUCCCAAACUCAAACUAAAAUGGAAAUGCAGGAAAGAAGAUGAGACAGGAGGGGGAUAUUCAAAGGAAGUUUUACUGCGGAUGCUGCAGAAGUAUGGCGACGUGCUAAAUUUGUUGAUCUCCAGUAGGAAGGUUGGAAGUGCAGUCGUGGAAUUUGCUACUGUUAAAGCUGCUGAAAUGGCUGUGAAGAAUGAAGUUGGCCUGACAGAUAAUCCUCUAAAGAUUUCCUGGCUGGAAGGCCAGCCCCAGAGCAAUCCCAGCUGUGUCCUUUCUGACAGCAGUGGUCGGUCUAGGACUUCACAGGACUUUCUGUCAGUGUAGCAAUACAUUGAGGUACAAGCUACUUGAACAACUGGAUGUUUGCACAAUAUCCCCCUCUUAAAAGUGAAAACUAAGGAUGCUCCUUGCUCAACACAAAGCCUCUAAUUCCAUUCUUCUGUGAAUUUAGUCUAGUGUACUUCAACUGUGAAAUCCUUUGGCAGGUAGUUCACUGAAAGAGGUAUGGAACCUUUAGAGAGGUUUAGUUACUGCAUUCACAAGAGGGUGAAAUUUCAAUGCUAAAAGCAAACCUAUGUUCUUAGGGUCUGCAGGAAGAAAACUAAAAUAGUGUCAAAUUAAAUAUUCUUUUAAAGAGCUCUUUUCUGUUUUGGUUCUUCUUUACUAGUGUUGGUACAGCUUGGUAGACACUUCAAGUGCAAAGUAUUUGCCAACUUCUUGGUUAUUCCGCUGGAUGUUCAAUGUGAAGCUGCUGCUGAGAAUUUUAUCUCUUUUGUGAUUGGAAUACAAUAUGUAGUGGCUAAAACAUAGAAAAUGUCUCCUCUAAUGUGCCGUGCUGCAUGAAAUUGUUGGCCAUCAGUUACCUUGUGCUUCUAUCGCCUGUUUGGAGUGGGAAUUGUAUCCACUUCUUUUGGAGCAGAACUAUUCUGUGUUAUAAAGCAAAGUGUAGUAUAUCUCGUGCUCUGCCUGUGUUCUGAUCUGGGUAGUUGCUUCUUUUCUGAGAGAAAAUGUGAAGGGGCCUGAGAUCCUCUGGCUAUUUGAAUUCCUAUUCAAGUUUCAUGUGACACUUCCUCUCUUCUCCUUCACUGCCUCAUGCUGUACAGGUACCCUCAGACCAUGCAUUUACAACCAAAAUACUGUAGCAGUUUGUAAGAUUGUUUAAUAUUUUUUCUCCUGACUUCUCAAGUACUGUAUUCACAUGUCAGAAUGCCUUGCUGCUAUCCUAGUUCUGCUUUUUGUUCUAUGUUCUAUUUUGAACAGCAUGGCCUGAGCAGCAUCACUUCUCAGACAUUUCAAGCAAUGGCAGUUUGAGGAUCAUAGGCCAUAGCCAAGCAGGUCUCCAUGCACAAUGAGUGCUGCAGGCAGAGCAGAUUCAGAAAGGUAGCCAAAAUGCUUUGGAGAAAAGCAGGAUUCAGUUGAGUGUAUUUGAGUAUCCCUCACUAGCAGAGAACUAGCACUGGCUCUGGAGAGCUCAUUCAUACCUAAGAGGAGGAGAGGGGAGCCACUAGUGCAGAGGUUGGUAGUGUAUUCUUACCUGUGCAUUUUCAAGUAUUGAAGACUUAUUGUUUGAUUGAUCUUGGCUUGUUUCCAUGACGAAAGCUUGUUAAUUUGAAACUGCAGUGUCCGCCUGCUGUGAAGGAUUAGAUGGUGGAGCAGCAGCAAGGGAGGACAGGCUAAAGCAGCAAAUGGAGUUCAUGCUGUGUGGAGCUGGUUACUCUGUUCGAUCCAGCAUAGCUUCAUCAUUACAUUGUUUGUUCUCUAAAUGAUGAGUUCUGGACAGUGAUUUGCAACCUUUUCCAAGAGCUACGCUUCUAAUGCUUGUGUUCUUUCUACUGCUUUUAUGUGUAAGCAGCAGUGACUUCUUUAAUUACAUUGUUGUCUUACUGUCUAGGGUAAGAUACCCAAGCUGCUCCGGUUUGUUUUAUUAUUUGCUUCAUUAGGCUUUCCCAAAGUCCUGCUGCUGCUUCUGCGUGGAUGUUUCCAGAAUGUACAACUUGGUAAUCCCUUCUCUUCACCUUACUGUUUCUAGCUGUCAUAGCUGUCUUUGCUCUCAGCUCCUCAGUUCCAGUCUUCCAAAUGACAUUUUUCAGUUAUCAGUUGACAUUGCCGCAGACUACUACCUACCUUAUCUCUUUCAUACACAGUCUGGCUUUCCAUCCAUCAGGGGCUAUGUUCUUUCUUUCAGGCUCAUUCUGAUUUUAAGCUGCCCUCGUUUCCUCUUUGGUGUCUCUGGGCAGCUCCUAUUUUUGUCCGAUUCCACCUUCUGUUUGCUCCCACUCUGUGCAAAUGCAGCUCCUUCCCUGCUCUGCUUCAGGAGACAGCUGAAGAGCUGCACUGUUCUCAUGGCAACACGCUCACUACCCAUCCUGUCUGUGUUCCAUGCGUGGGGUUGGCAGCCAGGAGCUGUGCACCAAAGACCACAAAUAAUGGAGACCCACAGACAGGCUACACCAGGACACCUUAGGAAGCAGUUCCUAGGAGAAAUCAGGGCUGACUGCUGAAACAUCACGCUGUGAGGAGGCAGUGAGUUGCAAAUUGCAUACCUACACAGUUUUUGCUGACCUGUUUCAUCCCACGGCAAAGGAUGAGUGUUGUCCUUCCUAGACAACAGGAGGGUUAAGCUUUACAAAUUAGAAAACUACAAAAGCUGUGGUUUGACCACUGUUACUUUAGGAUACUUGAGAGCAACAACUAUUUGAUUGCUGCAGCUCUGAUUGGUUCAAAGCACACAGACUGUGUAGUGCUGUGAGAACUAUUGUGUACACUAAUUUUAUAUUGUUUUGUCACUACAACGGCAUAAAGUGCUUGCUCAUGGGAAAGUCAUCAUUGCACCUGGUGGUGUCACCCUACGUGCUCCCAUUCACUUUUGACCAUCCAUUCAGCCACAGUAAAGUGCUGAGAAAAGCUUUCUGUCACAUAUCCUGUUGCAAUCUUUUCUAACCUUUGAGGCUUCAGCAAAUGUUAUUCAUAUUAUCUGACUUCACCAGAUUCACAUCAGGUUGUUGGCUGAGUUCAAUGCCUUCUCUGGGAUUGCACUUUGCUGUUUCCAAAGCUCAUGUUUGUCUGGGUCCAUGGGAUUUUUGUGGGUUUUUUGUUUUUUGAAGAGCAUUAGUUUCUUAUCUAGCUAUGAAAACAAGAUAAGGCAUUGAUGACCCAGUAGGUUGUGCACUGUCUUUUCAGCAUGGUAGUGCCUAAGUUGUACUCAGCCUGGCAGAGCAUUUUCCACCUCACAGAAUGAAGAAUUGUGUUCCUUUCUACACUGGAUGUUGGUCCUGAUCUGUCUGCUGCACUCUCCUUCUCAAGGGAAAGUGGGUAUGAGUAGCUCUAGCCUUUUCCCAACCCAGAAAAACAGAGCUGCUUUUCCCACCUUCCUGUAUGCCUCAGGUGGCAGAGAGGGUUGAUCUUGAUCACUACAGAUAAGAAACCUAUGCUCCUGCUACCUGGCCUUUGUUGUUUUGGCUCACUACCAAUGAAAUGAGGCAACAAGGCACUUCCAAUCACAGAAACAUUUAUUCUUCCGUGUCUGUACAGCUGAUAGGUCAGUGCAUGCUUCAAGCAGCAGUAUCUAGAGAAAUUUCUUCUGCUAGUAGACUAAAUAAACUGCUGUUUCUGUAUUAUGAGCUUAUAUAGAUGGUUACCUGUUUGCAGGCUACAAGUACCAACUGCAUUUGAAUUAGGGGGAAAAAAAAAAAAGAAAAA